AUGAGGCUCGCUCACCUCCACCUCCCCCAUACGACUCCCUUCGCGCACGUCUCCGCAAUCCAGCAAGCGCUCACCACACGCUUCCUCGAGCACAAAAAGCUUUCCUCACCAGCGUCCCAAUUCUCACUGAAUGCCGCCCUCCCACCACCCCCGGAUCCAACAAUCAUCACCUUCACCCCCAACCCCGUCUACACCACCGGCCGCCGCGACCUCCCCCCAUCCAACACCAGCCCGCAGGGUCCAGACCCAUCUACCCUCUCCCUCCCGCCACCCCUGGAACCAAUCCGUUCGCUCCUCACGCCUUCAGGCUCACGGCCCCCAAAGGCCGAAUACCAUCCUACCCUCCGCGGCGGUCAAACCACAUUCCAUGGCCCAGGGCAAAUGGUCGCGUAUACAAUUCUAGACCUCAAACGUCUCAAUCUCUCCCCAAGAUGUCAUAUCCGGGUCCUGGAGAAUAGCGUGAUAGACCUGUUGAAACUGUAUGGAGUGAAGGGGUUCACGACCGAGGAUCCGGGCGUGUGGGUGGCAGAUGCAGAUGCAGAUGCAGGUGCGGAUGCGGAAAAGAUGGGCUCGGGCUCCGACUUAAAGUCGAAGUUGCCGAAGAAGAUUACUGCGGUGGGGGUGCAUUUGAGGAGGAAUAUUAGCAGUUUUGGUAUUGGAUUGAAUGUCACGGAGGAGCCGAUGUGGUUUUUCCGGCAGAUUGUGGCUUGUGGAUUGGAAGGGAGGGAGGUUACGAGUUUGGAGGGUCUGGGAGUUCGUGGGUUGGGGGUCGAUCAGGUGGCGGACCAGUUUGUUGAUACCUUUGUGCGGAGGGUCAAUCAAGACUUUGCGGGCAAAAAUGGGAUUGGGGAGAAGAUCGAGGAGGUAUACCCCGUCAUGGAGGAGGACUUGAUGAGAGCAGAGUAA